AAAAAGAUUUUUACCAGUAACUUUACAACGUAGACGUAUAGCAUUUAGCAGCAUAAAUAUGUCAAAUAUGUUGUAUUUUCUUUGCUUUCUAACUUUGGCGUUCGUCGUAGACCAAGCUAGCUCUCAAAAUGUUGGAGCAACACCUGUUUCUAGCAUAUGCUGGUAUGCGUAUCGAUUGGGCGCAUUCGGAUGGCGACCCCGCUGCCAGUAUCCAGACCAGGCUAAAUAUCAUGUGGAACAGUGUCUCCGAUACAUCCAGUGUUGGUGUGUUGAUCCUGAGACUGGUACAUCGACAUCAACAAGCUACCAUUACCGCGGUACACGCAGUUGUAGCACAGGGUCGCAAACUUCAGUAUGUCCCAUACCCACAAAUCAGUACGCAUGGUUAUGCAGGGAUUGUACCAUAAGUUGUGACGAAAAAGACACAAGGCCGCAAUGUUCAGGUAUUUGUAGAUUAGGUUGUACCUGUCCACAGGAAAACACAUUUGUUCUUGGAAGUCGUUGUGUCCAAGCAAGUGAAUGUUCUACAACACAAAGUAAGUACCUGACAGCAGAUUGUCCGAACCCUCCAGCCAUUGGACCAAAUGGUAGUUUCCCACCAGCUGCACCAUACACCAACUCAGAACAAGUGACAUACACAUGUAACACGGGAUACACUUUGUCUGGUACCAACCCAAUAACUUGUAAUGCUGGAACAUGGCUUCCAAAUCAAGCUCCAACAUGCACAGCAGUUGCUGCAAAUUGUCCGAACCCGCCACCCAUUGGACCAAAUGGUAGUUUCCCACCAGCUGCACCAUACACCAACUUAGAACAAGUUACAUACUCAUGUAACACGGGAUACACUUUGUCUGGUACCAACCCAAUAACUUGUAAUGCUGGAACAUGGCUUCCAAAUCAAGCUCCAACAUGCACAGCUGUCCCUUCAAAUUGUCCGAACCCUCCAUCUAUUGGACCAAAUGGUAGUUUCCCACCAGCUGCACCAUACACCAACUUUGAACAAGUGACAUACACAUGUAACACGGGAUACACACUGUCUGGUACCAACCCAAUAAGCUGUAUUGCUGGAUCAUGGGUUCCAAGUGAAGCACCAACAUGUACAUCAACAUCAGGCUGUGGUUUUGGCCAAGAGUUUUCUUAUUGUUCCCAAUUUUCUUGCCAAGAGACUUGUAGAACAACAAACUUUAAUCCUUGUCCACGAAAUCAUUUUUGUAUCCCUGGUUGUGUUUGUCGUAGGGGUUAUGCUGGGCACAAUGGCGGAUGUAUAUUGAAAAGUCAAUGUCCCACUCCUGCACCUCCAACAGCAGUUUGUCCGGUGGCUUCCAACGCCUACAGAUUUUGGUGCAGAGGUUGCACCAUAAGUUGUGCGGAAAAAGAUUAUAAACGUCAAUGUCCACGUUAUUGUAGAUUGGGAUGCAUCUGUCCCGAACCCGGUACUUUCGUCCUAGGAAAUCGUUGCGUGCAAGAAAAUGAAUGUUCUUCAGCUCAAAAUUGUCCGAACCCUCCAGCCAUUGGACCAAAUGGUAGUUUCCCACCAGCUGCACCAUACACCAACUUAGAACAAGUUACAUACUCAUGUAACACGGGAUACACUUUGUCCGGUACCAACCCAAUAACUUGUAAUGCUGGAACAUGGCUUCCAAAUCAAGCUCCAACAUGCACAGCUGUUCCUCCUGCAAAUUGUCCGAACCCUCCAGCCAUUGGACCAAAUGGUAGUUUCCCACCAGCUGCACCAUACAUCAACUUAGAACAAGUGACAUACUCAUGUAACACGGGAUACACUUUGUCUGGUACCAACCCAAUAACUUGUAAUGCUGGAACAUGGCUCCCAAAUCAAGCUCCAACAUGCACAGCUGUUCCCCCUGCAAAUUGUCCGAACCCUCCAGCCAUUGGACCAAAUGGUAGUUUCCCACCAGCUGCACCAUACAUCAACUCAGAACAAGUUACAUACUCAUGUAACACGGGAUACACUUUGUCUGGUACCAACCCAAUAACUUGUAAUGCUGGAACAUGGAUUCCAAAUCAAGCUCCAACAUGCACAGCAGUACAAAGUAUAGAUUUGUUGUUUAUAAUGGAAGGAAAUGAUAACGUUGAAACGAGUUCUUGUUCUCAAAAAGAGUCUCAGUUAUCAACAUUGAGACCAUUUGGACCUGGAGGUAUUUUGACCAGCGCCAACUUCCCAAACUUUUUUCAACAGCAACAGUUUCUUUUGUCGUUUUACCUAAAUUUGGCAUCAACCAAUCCAGGAACCAAAGUUGCGCUUCAAAUGCAUGAAGGUCUGUGCACAGUUUCACCAAACGGCGCAGCUGCAUCUUCAAAGAAAACCUUCAUCUCAACUCAAUCACUUUUAACAGUUUUUUCUGGCGUACAGUAUAAAUGUGGAACACCCAGACCUAUUUCUGUAUUAAGAUGUGCGUCUGCUUUCCACUUUACUGCAGCAAACGGAGAUCGACCAACAGUCCCAAAUGCAAUCAUUUUAGUGGUACCGGAUAUAACUGUUGCUACUGGCUACAACUCAGCCGUUAUUCGAAAUGCCUAUUUGACUGGACUUGGAAAUGUCAGGAACACACUUGGAGCAGAUGUUUUUACUGUUUCAUUACUUCCAACAUCGUCUGCUAAUUAUGCAGCGAACUCUGCAUACCUGCAGCAAUUGGCUUGUGGUUCUGGAGUCAACUGUGGAAGGUUCCUUGGUUCAAUAUUCGACCCAACGUUCGCACUGAACACGUUUAAACUCAAAUAUCCUUAAGUUUUAACUCUGUAAUAGUUUUCUCUUGAACAAAUAUUUCCCCUAUAGCACCGUCAGAUUUUUUAAAGCACUCUUUGCUUACUCUACACUUCUUGUUUUCCGUGUAUAAAGAUUGUAAUUACAAUAUAUUCAGACCAAAUUCAAAACU